GUCUUUGUGGCUCGGCGCUCCGGGUCUGCGGCUCAGGUUCUGGCCGCUCCUGGGCUUUGCGGAAAUAAAAAGUUUACUCAAAGAAAAACCUGAAGCACACCACCCAGUUGUAGUCAGUUUUUUUGCUAAGCUGUUUCAGUGCAGAAUGGCUGUGGAAUCCAGAGCAAUUUCAACUCUCCUACCUCAGAAUCCUCAGGAACAAGAACUAAUACUAGUGAAAGUAGAAGAAAGUCUUUCCUGGGCCUCGAAAUUUAAACAGAAUAGGGGUACCCGAUCCUGUCAAGAAUUGUUUCGCCAACAAUUCAGAAAGUUUUGCUACCAGGAGACACCCGGACCCCGGGAGGCGCUGGGCCGACUCCAGGAGCUUUGCUAUCAGUGGCUUAUGCCAGAGUUGCACACAAAGGAGCAGAUCCUGGAAUUGCUGGUGCUGGAGCAGUUCCUGAGCAUUUUGCCUGAAGAGCUGCAGAUCUGGGUUCAGCAACAUAGUCCACGAAGCGGCGAGGAAGCUGUCAUGCUGUUGGAGGAUCUGGAGAGGGAAUUUGAUGAUCCAGGGCAGCAGGUCCCAGUUAGUCCACAGGGACCAGCAGUGCCUUGGAAGGAUUUGACAUGUCUUGGAGCACCCCAAGAGUUAAAGACACAGCUGAAUCCCUGGGAACCUUGCCUUUCCCCCAAAAGUGAUUGUGAGAACAAUGAAUCGGCAACAAAGAACCCUUUGAGAAAACAAUCACAAGGACUUCCCCAGGAACCUUCAUUGGGAGGAGUUAGUGAACACAAAAGCAAUUUAGAAUGGCAGCAAGGAAGUGCUACCAGGGAGAAUUUAAAAUCCCCUUCCCAAGAGGGCAGUUUUAGUCAAGUAAUGUUCACACACAAAUCUUUGGAUAAAAGAGACCAUCGUGAUGAACCUCAAAGAAGCUUGAUUCUAAGUACAAACUCUAUAACAUAUCAGAAAGUUCCUACAGAAGAGCGACCUUAUAGAUGUGAUGUAUGUGGGCACAGCUUCAAACAGCAUUCCUCACUAACACAACAUCAGAGAAUCCACACUGGAGAGAAGCCCUAUAAAUGUAACCAGUGUGGGAAGGCCUUUAGUUUAAGAUCGUAUCUUAUUAUUCAUCAGAGGAUUCAUAGUGGUGAAAAAGCAUAUGAAUGUAGUGAAUGUGGGAAAGCCUUUAACCAGAGCUCAGCCCUCAUUAGACAUCGGAAAAUUCAUACUGGUGAGAAAGCUUGUAAGUGUAAUGAAUGUGGCAAAGCAUUCAGUCAAAGUUCAUAUCUCAUUAUACAUCAAAGAAUUCACACUGGUGAAAAGCCCUAUGAAUGUAAUGAGUGUGGGAAAACCUUUAGCCAAAGCUCAAAGCUUAUUAGACAUCAACGAAUUCAUACAGGAGAAAGACCUUAUGAAUGUAACGAAUGUGGGAAAGCUUUCAGGCAGAGCUCGGAGCUGAUAACCCAUCAGAGAAUACAUAGUGGAGAAAAACCCUAUGAAUGUAAUGAGUGUGGAAAAGCCUUCAGCUUGAGUUCAAACCUCAUCAGACAUCAGAGAAUUCAUAGUGGAGAAGAACCUUAUCAGUGUAAUGAAUGUGGCAAGACUUUCAAAAGAAGCUCAGCCCUUGUUCAGCAUCAGAGAAUCCAUUCUGGGGAUGAAGCUUACAUAUGUAAUGAAUGUGGGAAGGCUUUCAGGCACAGGUCAGUCCUUAUGCGCCAUCAGAGAGUCCACACUGUAAAAAGAAAACAUAACUGUGAAGAAUGUGGGCAAAACUUUGCUUGGUAUGUAGGCCUUAUUAGACAUCAAAAAACCCAUAGGAGAAAGCCCUAUGAAUGUGGUAAAUGUGGCAGGGCCUUUAGUGUGAAGUCAGCCCUGGUUUUGCACCAGAGAAUUCAUACUGGGGAGAAACCCUACCCUUGUAAUUGGUGUAUUAAAAGUUUUAGUCGGAGCUCAGACUUUAUAAAGCAUCAAAGAGUCCACAUUGGUGAAAAACCUUAUAAUGAUAUAAUGUAUAAUGAAUGGGGAAAAGCUUUCAGUCAGAGUUCCGAUCUUAUUAUACAUCAGAGAAUCCAUACAGGAGAAAAACCCUGUCAGUGCAAUCAUUGUAGUAAAAGUUUUAGCCAGCACUCAGACCUAGUUAAACACCAGAGAAUUCAUAUUGGAGAAAAGCCUUAUACAUGUAACCAGUGUAACAAGCAUUUUAGUCAAAGUUCUGAUGUUAUAAAACAUCAGCGAAUCCACACUGGUGAAAAACCAUAUAAAUGUGAUGUGUGUGGAAAAGCCUUCAGUCAGAGCUCAGAUCUUAUUCUACAUCAGAGAAUCCACACUGGGGAGAAACCAUAUCCAUGUAACCAGUGUAGCAUAAGUUUCAGUCAGAACUCAGACCUCAUUAAACAUUGAAGGAUCCAUACUGGAGAGAAACCCUAUAAAUGCAAUGAAUGCGGGAAAGCUUUUAAUCAGAGCUCAGUCCUUAUUCUGCAUCAGAGAAUUCACACUGGAGAGAAACCCUACCCAUGUAACCAGUGUAGCAAAACCUUCAGUAGACUUUCAGAUCUUACUAAUCAUCAACGAGUUCACACUGGAGAGAAGCCUUAACCACGUAACCAGUGCAGAAAAAUGUUUAGUCAAAGAUCAGAUCUCAUUAAACAUCAUAGAAUUCAUACAGGUGAGAAACCCUAUGAAUGUGAUGAGUGUGGGAAAACCUUUAGUCAGACCUCAAAUCUUAUUCUACAUCAGAGAAUCCACACUGGAGAGAAACCCUAUCCAUGCUGUGAUUGUACUAAAAAUAGUCGUCAUUCAGACCUUAUUAAACAUCAAAGAAUACAUACUGGAGAAAGACCAUAGAUAUGUAAUGAGUGUAAUAAAAGUUUUAGUCAAAGCUCAGACCUCACUAAACAUCAGAGAGUACACUCUGGAGAAAAGCCCUAUCAUUGUGGUAGUUGUGAGAAAGCCUUCAGUCAAAGUUUUGACCUUAUACUUCAUCAGAGAAUCCACACUGGAGAAAAACCGUAUCCCUGUACACAAUGCAACAAAAGUUUCAGUCAGAAUUCAGACCUUAUCAAACACCAGAGGACCCACACUGGAGAAAAACCAUAUAAAUGUAAUGAGUGUGGAAAAGUUUUCAGUCAGUACUCAACUCUUACAACACAUCAGAGGAUCCAUACUGGAGAGAAACUAUAUCCUUGUAAUCAAUGUGUCAAAAGCUUUAGUCAGCGCUCUGAUCUCAUUAACCAUCAAAAAAGCCAUAGUCGUGAAAAACCAUAUAAAUGUGAUGCAUGUGGGGAAGCCUUCAGCAUACAUACUGAUCUUAUUGAACACCAAAGAAUCCACACUGGGGAGAAACACCACAUGUGUGUUCAGCAUGACAGAAGUUUUAGUGAGCUCUGUGAUUUUAUUAGUCACGAGAAAAUUCAUUUUUGGGAAUAUAUUCUAAAUGCAAUUAAUGUGGGAAAACCUUUAGUGUAUAUGCCAACUUUAUUCAGUACAAGAGACACUAUAACAAAAGAAAAAACUUAUGACUACUAUCAAUGAUUAUGAAAAAAAUUUUUUAACCAAUGUUCAACUCCUGUGCUACAUUUAAAAAAAAACACUAAAGAAAAAAAUACAUUAAUUUGGUGAUGGAAGUUUAACUCAGAGAUCAGAGAAAACCAUACUUCACUAACCUAAAGAAAAAUUCUAAGGGGAAAUCUUGUGACUUGUGGGAAAACCUUUAAUGUGAAUGAAAUUUUUACUGAAUGUCAGAAAUAAUGAAGAGAAAUUCCUAUCUGCUGUAAUGUAAAAGAAACUACUUUUUUCCCCAAACAUAAUCCACAAUGGGAGAGUUUUAUCAUUGUAAGAAAUGUGUGACUAUGAAUGCAGAAUUUAUCAAAUACUGUAAAAUUCAGUGUGAUAGGGUAUGCAAUUAAAACUCAGAAAGACAUAUAACAGUGUUAUAAUAAAAAAUCUUUAGUGAGCCCAAAUUACUUCAUAUCAAAGAAAUUAUUUUUAGAAUUUGUGAAAAAUUUAAAUCCCUUUUAUAUCUUAAUCAGCAUUGCUUUUGAUAUCACAUUUAUUUCAUGACAGCUGAGAGUCCUACCUUAUGCUAAUUCUAGUUAUUAAAUACCCUGUGUGUGAACUUGUUACGUUCUUCUGGUGUUAAACUUACAACAUAACUCCAGUGCCCCAUCUUUUUUUUUUGGAGGGUCUAGUGUUAGUUUUCCCAGUAUUCACCAGUUUUCAGGUUCCUGUGAUAUUCAUAGCAAAUAUGGAUUCAUUUUGCUCUCAAUAACACAGCUUACAAGCUUUAGUGGUUUGAAAUUAUGUCUUCAAUAUUACCAUUCAACAAUGCUUUUAAAUAUGUGAAACAGAAUUUUAAAAAUUGGCAUAUCAAAGUGAAGAUUUCCCUACUAUAUUUAUCUUGUCAUCUAUAGUUAAUGAUAGUUAAAUACUCAAAUGACUAGUUUGUACACCACAUUCUAUCUAAAAAUAAAAAGAUCUAUUGAUCUGCUUCUUCAAGUGGGGACAUUCCCUAAACUCUUUUGUUUGUUGAUUUCUUGAUGAUAGGCUACAUAUAUGUGAGUUUUCAACUGAAUAGAAAUAUUUUUU